UAUGCGCAUGCGUAUUCAUCUGGUGGACAACAACAUCCCUGCGCUGAGUACAAAUGUUUGUCCACUUAGCUUGUCAUAAUGCGGCCUUUGUUGUCUGUGAAGAUGUAAUGCAUUAAAACAUUUUUUUCUUGUUGACUAAGUUAGGCGAUAAACGAUGAAGCUAACACGGAAACUGGUUCUCGCUAAGGCUAAGGCCUCCGACUUGGACAGCGUGAAGAAACUGAACUGCUGGGGAUGCAACCUAACAGACAUUUCUAUCUUCUCUCAAAUGCCCAACAUUAAGGUGCUGACACUGAGUGUCAACAGCAUCUCGUCUCUGGCUCCUCUGGCUGGCUGCCUGUCUCUGUGUGAGCUCUACCUGAGGAAGAACAUGAUUCCUUCGCUCUCUGAGCUCUCUCAUCUGCGCCCACUGACACGUCUCAGAGUGCUCUGGUUGGCUGAAAACCCCUGUUGCUUAGAUGACUCUAGCCAGUAUCGUCUGACUGUACUGCGCUGUCUGCCUCGUCUGCAGAAGCUAGACAACCAGGUAGUGACAGAGGAUGAGAUUACACUGGCGCUCAUGGAGGGUGAAGUGGUCACCACCCCACCAGGCAGUGUCCAAAACCAGCUUUCUACAAAUGGACUUCCAGAAGCAGAGACAGAGAACGACCCACUCAACUACAACAUGGAGGAGACCAAUAAAAUCAGGGAAGAGUUGGGGAUGAAGCUGCUGUCCAGAGACAAGUUCCCCUCUCUUUCCUCUCCAUCAACCAGAGAAACCAAAUCAUCUAUGAAAAAGACACACGCUCUCGAUGCAAUUCUGCUGCUGCUCAAAGAUUUGGAUGAAGACGAGCUUCACAUUGUAUACACAGCCACGCAGAACAGACUCCAGACUUACACACUGGACUCAGAAACACUACAAGAUUCACUGCAGACACAGAAAACUGCUGACAUCCAGCACUGAAACAUUUCACAGCAUGCACUCAGGGCCAAACCUCUCACUCCCUCCACUCCAUGUCUAAACCAAACUCUCAUCUUUGGAGAUUAGAAACAGGGUCCUAACCAAUCCCCCCUUUCUCCUGUUACCUCCUGCUUCCAAUAAGCAUGGCAUAUGAUUUAAUUCCACUGACCCUUUUCCUCUGUCAUCCAGUUUUCACAUGUGGAAGAAUACUGAAUCAUUUCCUCUGCUUUUUUUUGUCAUAGCAGCAUGCCUACCUGCCUUGUAAGAACAAAAGAAUGUAUGUUUUGCUACACGUAAUUCUAUUUCUGUAAUUAGAGAGAAUAAAUUGCAAUACAUUAACUUUCAA